AGCGCCCGGAAGUGAAACGCCGUGACCCGCCUGUGUUUAAAGCAGACGUUUAGCGGUCUCGCUUCCCAGAAGCGGCAUUGAAACAGUUCUGGAUAGAAAGAUGGCGUCCCUGUCAGUGUGCCAGCCACAGUGCGGAGGUUUCAGUUUCGAAAAUAGUAAGAGAAAUGCUCUUCUAGAAGCCGAGUUUACAAAACUAGGACACAGUCUUCCUGCUGCAAGGAAAACCGGCACAACUAUUUGCGGAGUUGUAUUCAAGGAUGGCGUUGUCCUUGGUGCUGAUACACGGGCUACUGAAGGAAUGAUAGUGGCUGAUAAAAAUUGCUCCAAAAUUCACUACAUUUCUCCUAACAUCUAUUGCUGUGGUGCUGGCACUGCUGCAGACACUGAGAUGACCACCCAGAUAAUCUCCUCUAACCUGGAGCUUCAUGCCUUGUCUACUGGACGGCCUUCCCGGGUCGCGACAGCCAAUCGCAUGCUCAAACAAAUGCUGUUCAGGUAUCAAGGUUACAUUGGUGCUGCUCUUGUGCUUGGUGGAGUAGACUCUGCUGGGCCUCACCUUUAUAGCAUUUAUCCACAUGGAUCUACUGACAAAUUGCCUUAUGUUACCAUGGGAUCUGGCUCUUUGGCAGCAAUGGCAGUAUUUGAGGACAGAUACAAGCAAGACAUGGAGGGCUCAGGUGUGGAAGCCUGCAGGCUGAUCCCCCGGCUGGCAUUCAGAGGUUUAAUAACUGCAUGGGAAGCUGACCACUCGCUGGGAGGUUUGCUUGCUGAAGUGAGACAGCAGUCCUGGAGAUAAAGGGAAGACGAUCAGUGUUCGCUGAAGUGCUCCUGUGAAAAUACUUUAUCUUCCUCUUGGUCUUUAAGCCCAGUGCUGGAGUAAAUGCAAGAAUUGCCAGUUUAAAGGCAUGUUUAAUCACUUUGAUUUAUUUCUGUGUUCUGCUUUCAGGGUUUGUCUUUCUAUGGUGAGGGGUGUUCAACAUUUGUUUUAAAUUCUUAAAUUUAGUUGGAUGUGCAAUGAAUGUAUUGUUGACUGCGUAUUGUCUAUUUCCAAAAAGGACAAUACUGCAACUACCAAAUCCCCCUAACAGUCAAACAAAUAGUAGAAGAAAACCGUCGAGGAAAUGAAGGGUUGUUUAUGCAGAGAAACAUCCUUGGGCUUUUUUUAUUUCAGUUUUUAUUAAUUGUGUGUUGCCAAUGCCCAGUGUACUUUUUAUAUCUACAAUCUUUUUCUUUUAGUUCUGGGUUGAUCUUUCGUUUCAUAAUCGUGCAGGAUGGACAAUGUGCAUGCCAGGUGUAAGAGUAAAGAGUUUUCUAAAUCGUAUACAAACCUCUUAUCUGAAUUGCAUUUUUUCUUGUUAAUUUCUGUUGUCGAUUCAGAGACGUUCUGGCUCGGAUUUUGCCAGACCUUACAACAUGUAUGUGAGGAUGUGGUUAUUGAAAUUGAAUUGACAGACUGCCAUUUACAUAUUUGUGUAAUAGUAUGUAGAAGCAAAAUACACACUUCAUGUUGACACCUGUUGACAAGAGUUUGGUUUAAUUGCGAUAGGGCUUAACCCCAAUGUCUUAUUUUACAUAAACACAUACAGCUUAAUCUAAAAAACUGGAAAGUACAAAUUAAAUUUUACUUGAAGUUGGAGACAACUGUAAAUCCAUGUAAGUAGUAGUAUGACAUCAUUAUUUUAAUUAAAAAUAAGAUAAACUGCUGAUUAAUUCAGUAUACUACCCAAUUACAGAUCAAGAGCGUCUCAUGGGGGUUCAAUACCCUGAAGACAGCAGAUGUUAAAUAGAAACCCAGGCGUAUUUUCUACUGGUAUGAAAUGUUAAGAUGGUUUGUUGUACUUGUGUGGUGCUCCUAUCUGGCAAACCCGGGUCUGUCUGCUUGGUUGAAAUAUAGCUCACUGCAGUAAAGGGACCAACAUUUCUCUGUGCAGCAUUAGACUUGAAUUAUGAAAAGAUUACCUUUUUAAAGUGUAUACUAUUUCACUGUGAAACUAACUCAUCAGCCAGAUAUUGCUGUGAGAAGAUAGGAGCGAUAUUCUUUAGAACUGUAAGCUAGAACUAAUACACACGUAACCAAAUGGAGUAAUCCUUGGGUUAGCUUUACAUGCCUCAACAUUGGUUGGGCGUGGGAAUUAUUUAUGUCUUGUACUUUUGUAAGUCUUAUAUAGCACACCCGCCAGCAUUUAUGGAGUGUGUGUUUGAAAACAAACAGCGAUAAGACAUACACACAAGGGUUCACAUGACUGGUACGCAUGUGAACCAAUAAAGAAAGAAUCGGAAUUGCCUGGAUUGUUCUUUGAGACGCAAAGGCUUGCCAUCGGUACGUUUAACAGGAAAGCAUUUCAUAGGCAGCAAGGUGGCUCAUGCUUGCAAGGUGAGCCGUACCUGCCUAACCUGGACUUUUCCCAGAAACUCAGGGUCUCCGGGCUCUGUCAACAAUCUCCAUGAGGGUUCUAACUAGUCCCUCCCUACUAGCGCUGUCAUUGGCUGCUUCAAGUUUUUAUUAAAAAAAUGGAGAGCCAUAGGUGGAACCACUCCAGUUCAUAAGAUCGAUAAUUCUUUUAAUGGGCCCUUGCAACAACCAGUGAUGGCAGGGAUCUCUAUUUAGCCCUCCAUUCCCAAACUGAGCGGGGGUGAGAGAUGUUUUGUCGAUGUGUGAAAGAUGUUACAUUUAAAUGUGAGGUCUUAAAAAAAAGAAAUAAAUAUAUAUAUAUAUACUGUAUAUCUGUAUAUUAUUUUUUUUACUUACCAUUUUGGCCCUCAGUUAUAUCCUAUAUAAAUGCCGUUGUGUCGUCAAGCUAACGUGUUCAGCAACACUAAUAGUGACAAAGUGCUUGGGGUUUUGCUUUUGAAUCCCCAGAGCAACAGUAUGGUGGUAGGAUAUUGAAAUAAGCGAGAAUGCGUGAUGAUUUGUUAAUUCAAUGUCGGGAUCAUGACUGCUUGUAUGGGUAUGAUGAAGUAGUAAUUUAUGGACAAUUUGGCUGCUGGUCUGUUCAAGGGAGAAGCCACCACCACCUUCUGAAAGAGGAACUGAUCUGAUGUUGCCAGGUCAGUGGAGUGGACCGUGACAAAGCCACUUCCCCCCCCACCAAGGGGACUGCCUGCAUCAAGGUGGACGUUGGACAGGUGUAGGAUGGUAGGAUUACAACCAACAAUCCCGACCUACUUAAACAUUUAGAAACUAUUGUUGUGGUCUCUGACGCUGCCAUCCCAAUUGUUUGAACUGUUGUGGAAGGAGGUGGAGCUAGACAGCGACUUGGAUGAUGACACCUAAUUCUGGUGUGUACCAAUCCCUACUGGUACUCAAGUGAGAACCUGAUGAUUAUGUGAACCCCCACCAUUAUCUAUAAACCACACACUAUAUGGGGGGGGAUAUUAUUACAGAACAUGCACUUUGCCCUUGACUUGCACACAUGAACGCUACAAGUCCACACGUUCAUCGACCCUGUAUAUAUUCCUGUCUGCCACCGUCUCGCAACUUGAAAUAAAGUGAAAGACUGACAAAUAAAAAAUAAACCUCGAGGCAAAGUUAACUGAAUAAGAACAUAACAGCAGCAGUAAAAUAAACAAAAAAACAUGCUAAAAUAGUUAGGAAUUGGAUUUAAAAGUCUUGUUCAUUGCUCCUUUCAUUUGUAUCAUCUGUUUAUGAAGUGGAUAUAGUGUUGUAACACUUGAAAAACUUAAUGAAUAGUGCCUGUGUAUUAUAUUUUUAUUAUUUUUAUUUUUAUUUUUUGAGAAAAGUGCAGUAUAUGCUUCCAGUUUCUUGGAAAGCUGUGUUUGGCCUAUUGCUUUACAAGAGUAUUUGUAGCUUGACAGGAAGUUCUAGAUGGCUGGAACUUAAAUAACUAGUGCUGUACCAUUAGUAAUACAAACACCCAACUCGUGGAUAUAGUGGUAAUCUAUCAGUUUGUAAGCUGCAAUAAAAUCCGGUUGCAACUCUAUAUAAAAGGUUUAAAGCAAAGAUUUAAUGCAUUCUUUCUGUACUGUGAUGUGAUGGUGGCAGAUUAAACUACUACCUUAAAUCUCCACAGACUUUAUAGCUACAUGAAGUUUAAUAGCACAACAACACAUAAAUCAUCUUUUAAAGAUGCUAUGAGCAGCUCCAAUAUUAAAUGCAGGCAGUCUUCUGUAUUAUAAAUAAUGCAUCAAACACCAGUUCAGAUUAGAAAACCAUGCCGUGUUAUUUGUUUUCUCCCAUGCAGUGAUAUUCCUAAGGUGCCAUUUAAAGAGACAAAUUAGUGGUCAGUUUAAUGAACUUUGCUCGGGUUUCGUUUCCCCCAAAGUGCUGCGUUGCAGCUGUGGUGACCGUUACAUGGCCAAUCUGCCCCUCUUUUGUGCCUUCUGCAAGUGCUACCCAUUUGUCAUGUUGCAGUCAAUGGAGUUGUACAUUGGAGUCUGGGGACACGUUGUGCGAUGCGGUGAUGGAGAUGAACAGAUAGCGCUAUAAAGGGCUGCCUGUCACAGCUGACUGGUAUUACAGUACAUCACUCCUGGUGUGAACUCGUUUAAAGAAAAAAGCUGAGGCCCAUGAGACUGCUACUCCCAGAAUACCUCAACUAUUGCUUUGUAAAUGCUGUGUGCAGUUAGGUUUUUCUUAUUUACAUCAAGGCUAUGUGACGAAGACCGUAUUCAUUUAGGCUAAAUGAUCAUUUAGAAAGCUUUUAGGAAAUCAUAUAUUGUAUUACUUGUAUUGUAACGCUUGAAAUGUUUUUGCCUACGAUUGUAAGUCGCCCUGGAUAAGGGCGUCUGCUAAGAAAUAAAUAAUAAUAAUAAUAAUAUAUUUCCUGCUUGCAGGAAAGACAUGCAGCAGUUGCCUUGUUUUAUAAUAUCCAAUUGGACUCAUGCUACUUAUUUGACGAAUCAAUUCCCAAAUCCUCUCUAUACUGCAUGAAAAGUAGUUUGGAGCAGGAUUUGUGUUGGGGUUUAAGGAUUCAGGUGCACAGGCUCAGAAGUGUUGAUUCCUACAAAUGUGGAUGAGUUUGGCAUGUAAACCCCUGUGUUGAGUUACAGAUAGGAUAACACUGCCCUGUCUUAACUAAAAUGUAACCAAUUUAAUAAUAAUAGACAUUAUUUCAAGGGUUCCUGACUUAAAUUAAAAAGAUUGCUUGCACAAACCAUGUAUCAAUUAUUUCUAUUUACAAAUAGAAAUAAUUGAUAUUCGAUGGGCUUUAAGUCAUGUAGAAAUGCAGGACAGGGCAGCACAGUAAAACCCUGUGCCUCACAAGCAGCGUUGCAAUGUGGGGUUGUUGUUCUGCAUUGCCAAAAUAAGUACAACUGGGUAGAGGGACUUCCGUAAUAAGCUUCCAGCACCACAUCACAGCCUCCCUCUAAACGGGACUAACGUAAUAAGCUUCCAGCACCACAUCACAGCCUCCCUCUAAACGGGACUAACGUAAUAAGCUUCCAGCACCACAUCACAGCCUCCCUCUAAACGGGACUAACGUAAUAAGCUUCCAGCACCACAUCACAGCCUUCCUCUAAACGGGACUAACCUAGCCAAUCAAACACAUCCGCAAGUUAAGCAGGCACUGCAAGCCACUGUGAAUCUUGGAGAAGUCCAGCAUAAGGAAAUCGUUGUUUGUCCAGAAAAAACAUUGCUUCUCGUCUCGGCUCGGCUCAAACAUGUCAAAAUCUUCCCACGGGAAAGCCACCAUUCUUCAGUAUGAAACAGCAAUUGCUGAUGUUAAGAACCCAUUUCUUUGCAAAGCACAGAAAACAAAUGUGCAUUCGUUGGUUGACCUUUUCAUGUGCACCACUUUUACAGCCUCAUCGUAAAUGUACCUUAGAAAAGCUAAGAGCUGUGCAGCCCCUGACACAUCAGUCGACUCAUCGAGUUGGAUAGUAAAGCUGUUCACGAACGUCAGAAGCCAUUUCAUUUCAUGAAUGCGCCAUGCAGCCGAAUCGUUUGAAAGGGGUAUAACUUUUAAUGUACUUGUGAAUCGGGUCCCAGCAUAAUGGCUGCCAUGUCAGCCGCACAUGGUGCUAUAGUGGUUCAGCCAUGGUGAGGGGCUUACCAUGUUUUGCUAUCAUUAAAGCCAUCAUGUAGGAUGCACAGAGAGCUUUAGUAUUCACACUGCUUGCUUGAAAAAUGACAUCCUGUUGUUUUUUUCAGAUUCGCUCACUUCCUCUGGAAAAAAUCAAUUGGUUUGUCCUUCAGGGAAGGAUGCUUGGUUUCUAAAUGAUGGCACAUUAAGAGCAGAGAUGAUUUUUGGCACAGGAUAAAUUAAAUAGGUGUAUAGCAACUAGGAAUAUGUCUUUGGUACACAUUUAUGAACGUUUAAAUGCUAUGUAGGUGUUGGCGUUUAAACCAUAUCUACAUACACACACAUUCUUUAUAUUACAUUUAGCCCUGGUUAGUAUUUUCCAAGACUUAACUACGGUCUGGGAGAAAGCAGGUUCUUUCACCAAGAUCAAGCACAACAAUUGUGAGGAAGGUUCUUGUGUCUUUUUUUCCCAUCAUCCACAAAAACAAAACUUGCUACAAAAGAUUUUUCCUAAUAAUUUGUUUGAGAAUGUUAUAAGUUUAAAUUAUAAGUUUCCAUUGGUAUAUUGAAAUUAGGGCUGUCGCUUGAUUCAAAUUUUUGAUCAGUUAAUUUAUGGACGUUAGUUGAUUUAAUUGGUAGAUUCAUCCGUGCACAAAAAAAAAAAAGCUCAAUGGAAAUUUGGUCUUUUUAAAAGCAUUUGUUUUAUUAUUUUUAUCUUGGUAAAUUCUCUUUGUACUAUUGAGAUGUACCUGUGCUGGCCCUGUGGGCACAAAGUGAAUAAACUAAACUACCGGUGAACUUUUUUUUUUUUGUAUUAUAUUCAAAGAACAAAACCAAACCAAUAAUAUUAAUAAAAACACACCUUGCAUGUGUUACACAAUCUAUCACAUACACAGAUUCCAAUGCAUUGUUAUAUUAAUCUACUGUUCAGGGAUUGGUGCCACAAACUAGGGCUGAAAUGAUUUUUCGAUAGUACAAUAUAUUCGUGAUAAUCGUAUCGUGAACAUUUAAUUAUUCGAUAAUCGUAGAAAACGAUAGUCACAUACUCACUCAACAUGGCUGGAAGCAGAACAGAUGCUUUUCUCUCCAAAUAAGAUUAAAAUCAUUGGUGUGUACUAGGGCUGCUACGAUUAAAUCAAAAAUACAUUUUUCCAUAGAUUCCAUUCCUCAUUAUAUACAUAGAUAUAAAUACUGGAUAAUCGAUUUCAAUAAAUACAUUUUUGUAACGCACAUAGUUAAUGACAUUUAAGUUUGUCAGCGAAAUUGCACCGAACGACCUGCCCUACUAGAUACAGUAUACAGGGAUCAGUAUUAGGUCCUCUGCUAUUCCUAAUCUACAUUAAUGAUUUAGAUUUUGGUAUAGUAAGCAAACUUGUUCAAAAAUAGGAAUAAUAAAAAUAACACAGUUUCAGCAGCAAAGGUCAUUCAAAAUUAUCUAGACAGCAUUCAGAACUGGGCAGACACAUGGCAAAUGACAUUUAAUAGAGACAAGUGUAAAGUACUGCACGCAGGCAAUAAAAAUGUGCAUUAUAAAUAUCAUAUGGGAGAUACUGAAAUUGAAGAAGGAAUCUAUGAAAAAGACCUAGGAGUUUAUGUUGACUCAGAAAUGUCUUCAUCUAGACAAUGUGGGGAAGCUAUAAAAAGGCCAACAAGAUGCUCGGAUAUAUUGUGAGAAGUGUUGAAUUUAAAUCAAGGGAAGUAAUGUAAAACUUUACAAUGCAUUAGUAAGACCUCACCUAGAAUAUUGUGUUCAGUUCUGGUCACCUCGUUACAAAAAGAAUAUUGCUGCUCUAGAAAGAGUGCAAAGAAGAGAAACCAGAAUUAUCCCGGGUUUAAAAGGCAUGUCGUAUGCAGACAGGCUAAAAGAAUUGAAUCUAUUCAGUCUUGAACAAAGAAGACUACGCGGUGAUCUGAUUCAAGCAUUCAAAAUUUUAAAAGGUAUUGACAAUGUUGACCCAGGGGACUUUUUUGACCUGAAAAAAGAAACGAGGACCAGGGGUCACAAAUGGAGAAUGGAUAAAGGGGCAUUCAAAACAGAAAAUAGGAGGCACUUUUUUACACAGAAUUGUGAGGGUCUGGAACCAACUCCCCAGUAAUGUUGUUGAAGCGGACACCCUGGGAUCCUUCAAGAAGCUGCUUGAUGAGAUUCUGGGAUCAAUAAGCUACUAAACCAAACGAGCAAGAUGGGCCGAAUGGCCUCCUAUCGUUUGUAAACUUUAUUAUAUUCUUAUUUCUGCCAGACAAGCAGUGGGCGUGCUCUCUUUUCUCCUGCUCGUGUUAACUAGCAAAUGGUUUGCUGGGCCCAACCUACCAGCGAAUCAGAUUUGAAAAAUGCUUUGUAAGUACGCCCCUCUGUGUAUUCACUGUAUAAACAAACAAAACAAAAAAGUGUGCCGCCUUGAAUCCAGAGCAGGACAACAGGCUUGUAUUCCUGGCAAACAGCGUGUAAAUAAAUUGUGCACAUCGAAGAGAACUGACUAUGUAGUUUGCGCUGCUUUUGGAGUUUCAAAAUGAACAGUUAGAUAAUGAAUAUUUAACAAUAUUCAAUAACGUUAAAAAUAAAUAAACGAUCAGUGAUGUUAAAUGCAGUUUUGUAGUAAGGAUCAGCUAGCUGGUAGGCAAUUUGUGGCAAGUAAAAAAAAUAGAACCUGGUCCUAUUUUUGCGAAUUUGUCGUGCGAUAACUACACAACUGAGCAAUCGGAGAACAGCUUCAUGUCAUGUGGUUUGAAAUCAAGCCCUGUUUCACUUUGUGACCGGGUGCCCACCCCUUGUGUGUGUGUUUUAUUAUUUAUUUAGGUAUUCAUUUAUUUAUUAUUAUUAUUAUUAUUAUUAUUAUUAUUAUUAUUAUUAUUUUUAUUAUUAUAUAAAUAUAUUGUGUUUAUGUGCAGACGGAUGAAAGCCGUCCGACAUGAUUAUUUAUUAUUUUAGAUGAAGGCGAAAAGCCAUGCAUUUGUGUUUUGUUUAUUUAUUUAAAAACCCCACGCAAAAGGUGACCCUCUCGCGAGUUAAUUCAUUGGUUAAUUGUUGCUAACCGGGAGAUGGUCACCUGUAUAAAAACCUGCAGCUUUCUGCGCUACAAGAGAGUGUCAGAGGCGAGACGUGAGUCUAAAUAGAGAAACAAUUGCUAUAUCUAAAUUAUACUUGUUUAGAAUUGUUAGUGUUUGUUUUACUUUGGCCGGAGUGCCCUUUGCUUUGUUUUGUUUUAAAGUGUUUAUUUUGUUAAUUUAUUAAAUACGAGCGCAGCAGCGUCGUUUUGCCCAUACAACCAUUGUUAUUCAUUGCCUGGUCUGACGGCACCACCCACACGCACUACACAUUUUCAGCUGUCGUGUCUGUGAUAGCUUCUAGUGUGCACAGUGAUCUCACAGCGAAUUUGUCGUGUCGCUCCAGUAAAAAUCGAGUCGCGUCUGGUGUGUGAAGGCCUUAAGGGCCUUUAAAUGAAGGUAUCGUUUUUUGGAACUAUUAAUGAUGGUAAUAUGAGGACAAUUUCAUUAAGAUUAUUUUUCUUCCACCUGUGUGCUUGUAUUUUUUUUUCGUUCUUGCUAGAAAGACAGAACUUUUUUUUUUCUUUUCAUUCAAUUAAAAUAAUUGAAAAAUAACCACUACUAUCAUGAUAAUCAGUGUAUCGUGAGAGUGGGCUCACAACUACUUGUAUCGUGGAAAUUUCAUCCCUACCACAAACUGGAAAUACAUUUAUUUAUUUUUUUAAACAAAUGAUUUGUGUAAAAGUGUACUGGUAAGUUAAUGCCUAUACAUAAUUCAUUUACACUUAUGCGUUCUCUGAAUUAAUAUUGGGAGAAAAAAAGUCCUUUUAAAUGUGUAAUACAUAUUCAGUAGCAAUCUGGAGCGUUCUGUUUAUUAUAGAUGUUUGCUUUUUACUGCAUUCAGUAACUCCAUCCACAGUAAUUCUGAAAUGUUUUCAUUUCAAAUGAUGAAGCAUUGAAUUUGUGUUUUGUGGUGCGGCAAUUUUGUUUGGCAUAAUUAUUUACUUACUACGGUUUUCUCAUCCGGUACCUCAAAAUAAUUCCAGACAUGCUUUUGCCUCGUUCCUUUGUUUAGAGAUGCAAUUUUAUUACAAAUAUAUAACAUGUCAGAAAAAACGCUUUUCUUGCCCUAUGUGGACUGAACCAUACCACACUCACUACAGUAUGAACACUGAGUGCACUAGUGAAGUGCCAGCUCGACCGAGAAAAAAAAACCCGCCUCAGUUUGUCUUUCUGUUGCACCAAUUAGGAAAACUACUUGGAAGCAAUUGCCAAACCCCUUCCUUUUUAUAAUAUCCGCCCUUACUGUGGCACCACAGCAGUCGGAUACGUGAAGGACUGCUGUAUAUGAUGAUAAAUUAAUACAUUUAAAAAAAUACAUGUUCAGUGAAAUUUGUCAUGUGACCAGUUAUAUGUCUAGCAUAUUAUUCAACGUUUAACCACUUCUUUAGAGUUUAUGCGUUUUAAAUGUUUAAAAUUCCCAUCCCUAAUAGCAACACCAUUAAAACAUUAUUUUAACACUAAAAAUGUAUGUUAUUUGAUGAGCUUCCAGUGUUGUUACUAAUGGCUAUUACACAUGUGGAGUUUAUACCAAAAAAAAAAAAAUUAUUCUUCUCUAAAGCCCUGGGCG